UCCUGUUUCUCCGACUGAAUACGCCAUUUUCGCUCUCUCUCUCUUCAAAAUGUCUGUGAUUCUUUAGAGAGAGAAAAUGGAGACAGUCACAGUUCUUCGCAAAUCUCUCCCACCUCCCCCAAAAUCCUCUAUAAGAACACCCAACAAACCCUAACAUUUAAUUUCACUCACUUUCUCGUAAUUUCUUGCAGUGUUUCUUCUUUCUUCCAUCUUCUUGUUGCCCUAAGACGACAAUUUUCUAUUCUUCCUUCUGCUGUUCGAUCGCCGGCGGUUCGAUUCCGGCAGGAUGGACCCCAAACUUUGGCGUGCUUUUGCCGGCGAUUUAGCCCAUUUGCACACUGUCGGUUCUGAGGUAUACUAUUUCGUUCAAGGACAUGUUGAGCAAGCCACUUAUGCUCCAAAACUUUCGCCGGCUGUUCUCUCUAAUCCGGUUUCUAAAUGUCUCGUUGCUGGUGUUGGUUUAGAUGCCGACGCUCUUACUGAUGAGGUACUCAUUAAGAUAAAUCUUCAUCCCAUUCGGCCUGGUGAGGCGCGGUCUGAAGUGGUUUCUCGAUUAGGUUGUUCUGAAGUUAAUGUAAUUUCGAAGUUUGCCAAGGUUCUUACCUCUUCUGAUGCUAAUAAUGGCGGAGGAUUUUCUGUGCCGCGAUACUGUGCUGUCUCUAUUUUUCCCCCGUUGAAUUUUCAGGCUGAUCCGCCGGUGCAGACUCUGUCGAUCACUGACGUUCAUGGAGUCGUUUGGAAAUUCCGUCACAUUUACCGCGGGACGCCGAGGCGCCAUUUGCUUACUACUGGAUGGAGUAAGUUCGUUAAUCAUAAGAAACUAAUUGCGGGCGAUUCCGUCGUUUUCGCGAAGAAUUCGAGAGGGGAAAUGUUCGUAGGCAUUCGUCGCGCCAGAUCCAAUAGGCCUUUUACAGGCGGUGAAUGCAGCAGAGUGGAGGAAAAUCCUUCUGGAGAUGGAGAUCCAAGAAAUUUCUCCCGCCGCACUAUUGGGAGGGUGCCACCCGAGGUGGUUGCCACCGCCGCCGAAUUGGCUGCGCAAUUCAAGCCAUUCGAGGUGGUUUUCUAUCCCAGAACUGGUUUGUCCCAAUUUGUUGUCCCAGUUGAGAUAAUCAACAAUUCGAUGAAAUAUCAGUGGUAUCCUGGAAUAAGAGUGAAAUUGCCCACCGAAACGGAGGAUACUUUGAGAACUCAAUGGCAUCAAGGGACUAUAAUCUCAGUAUCUAUUCCUGAGCACGAUCCGUGGAAGGGUUCUCCAUGGCGUAUGCUUGAGAUUACAUGGGAAGAAACUGAUGCUCCACCGAAUGGUAAGUAUGUGUGCCCUUGGGAAGUUGAACUAGCUGGGCCCGCUCCUCCAAUACAGCCGUCUCUUCACAUAGCAAAGAGACCUAGAGGCCACUCGAAAUCUGGACAGCUGAAUGGUGAAGCAGAGCUGUUUUCACCUAUGAUGAGAGUCGGUGAUUCAUCAAUGGAGCAAUUCAACCAAGCAUUGUUGAGUUUCAACUCUUUUCCUGCUGGCAUGCAGGGAGCCAGGCAAAAUUUCUUAUGUGAAUCUGGGUUAUUCGAUAAUCCAUAUAAAGAAACUACUAAUGCAGAGGCAACCACCCAAAUGGUGUCCCAAAUGGUGUCUACUGACCUCCAUAUUGGUAGUGCCCAAUCUGAUACCUUGUCGCCUGAUAGUCAGGCCAGUGUUCUUUCCUUUGCCACAGAAUCUGCUGACAACCAGCUCUCCAACUCUACUGAAGCUGGAGUAACUUCAUUUCAACUGUUUGGUCAAAUCAUCCAUUUGAAUCCGCCUGCUGAAAAUGGUGCCAACACUGAUGAUGUUGACAUGUCCCCUACUCAGUCCGAUUGAUUUUCUUUGUUUUGCAUAGCAAGCAGGUACUCGAGCUAGGUAGGGAAGGUGUCUGAAGUACGAGCAUCCGUAGUUGAUAGUUUUUCCAUGGUAGUCUGUUUAGUCUGAUGACUCUCUGAAUUUGUUAGACGCUUAGUUUGGAUAUUUUUGUUGCUGAGUUUGCUUUAGUUUUUGACAAUGCUUUGGAGAUUGUUGAACUAUUUUUAUGCUUUUCUAGUGUGGUGGAUGGUUGAGACUUAAUUUUUUAAAUGCCAUUGAUUGAUUAAUUCUUUUU